GUAUGUUUAACUUGCACGAAGCGAAGAUAUUUACAAGAAAAAGAAAAACGCAGCGAAGAGAGAGAGAGAAGAGACAGAGAGAGAGAGAUUCUCCCUCUACGCGAUUCUUCUCCAAUUCCCUCUAGGGUUUCGCUUCGCCAAUCCCAUCCACAAAGCCUAAGCUCAGCGGAGCUCCGACUGCGUGGUCCAUGGAUUCCUCGGGGUCGAACCGGUUCGACAUCUUCGAGAUUUACCGGCGUUACUCCGAUAUUAGAUCACAAUGUGCAUCUCUUCAUGGGAAAGAGGGCUACAAACAAGACGAUGAAUUGCAAAUGUCGAAAAUUUCAAGGGACGAAUUUACCCAACUCUUAAAAUUUGUGGAGUCGAGGGUUGAUACAAGGGUUUCGAUUUUUGAUGAACUUUUCAAGCUCAUUUCACAGCUAGACUUGGUGGUAGACUUCUCUGAAUUCUCUCGCUUCUACGACUUUGUUUUCUUCAUGUGUCGUGAAAAUGGUCAAAAGAACAUCACUGUAAGAAAGGCAGUUACUGCAUGGAGGUUAGUCUUAGCUGGGAGGUUUCGACUACUUAAUCAAUGGUCUGACUUUGUUGAGAAAAAUCAACGACAUAACAUCUCCGAGGAUACUUGGCAGCAAGUUUUAGCUUUCAGCCGGUGCGUACAUGAAAAUCUGGAAGGGUAUGAUCCUGAAGGUGCUUGGCCUGUUUUAAUCGAUGACUUCGUUGAGCACAUGUACAGAGUUUCCGGAACUAAUGAUAACACUAACUUCUUCUGUAACUGUGGUGAUUCAGAAACCCAGUCUUCUGUACUUGAAGACCCUCUUCCUGGACUGAAAGAAUUUCCUGGUUUGAAGAGGAAGUUACCCGAGGACCUUCAACAAGAUGAAAUGGAGUCCUCACCUACCGUCUUCCCUCACUCUACAGACCUGGAUCCUGCUCUGAGUUUGAAGAGAAUUAGGCUGACUGCUCACAAAUUGGCGAAACUGGAGGAUAAUCCGCCAGGGAAUACUACAGACGAUUGCAUGGAAAUCGUUAGACAUAAUAGUCCACUGUGUUCUUCCAAGUCUCCUUGCGCAGUUGAAGGUUGUUUGUCAAAGGGCUUUGCAGGGCUUUUUUCAACACGUGCCUGUCUUCAGUUGGAUCGGGAAAGGAGAGUUUCCUUCACAUAGAGAACCUGAGUUGCAAUAUGGAAAUAUUUCCUUGGCGAGUUGAUAUGAUUGGAUACAUCUGUCUGGCUUCGGGAUAUAUAUAAUCAAUCAUUUGUAUUUUCCCUUCUGGGGUUGUAUUGUUUGCGCGUGAAUAUUAAUUGUUUCCUUUUUCGAUUGGAAAAUCAAUAAAGGGUAAUGUUUUGUUGUC